AUGGAAGCCCCUCUUAUGAUUGCACCACAUGAACUAGCGCCGAGUCCCAGUACUGAUCUUGAAGGGGAUACGGUUCUAAGUGAUCCUGAGAACCACCUAGGUGACUUGCCCCACCACCAAUAACAAAAAGGCUCUAGCGCGUGGAAAAUCACAAUGGAUGCAAAGGUCC